AUGGAGUCUGGCCAAGCUGCCUACAUAGCUGCUGGUGUCAUUGGAGCUAUAACGUUAACGGGAGCUUUGUUCUUAAAAUAUCAAAACAGCGUUGGCAUAUUCGAUCCAUUGGUUACCCAAAUUUUUGGAAUUGGAAAGCUCGCGUAUCCCAUAUCUGGGCACGUUGAGAAAGGAUACGAGCGUGUCAAAGAUGCUUUUGAACAGAAUUUCGCCGCGGGAUUAGAGAUUGGGAGUGGUUUGGUCGUGUAUGUGAAGGGAGAGAAAGUCGUUGAGCUCUACGGUGGCUUUGAAGACUUGAAGACAAAGAAACCAUAUACCGAUCAGACUUUGCACCUAGUUUUUUCUUGUGGCAAAGCAGUCGAAUCCAUCAUUUUUGCUCACCUAGUAACAUUGGGACUGGUUGAUUACCACCAAAGGGUGUCCCACUAUUGGCCAGAGUUCGCACAAGGUGGCAAACAAGAUGUGAAGCUAUGUGACCUUCUGGGCCAUCGAGGAGGCGUGGCGUGGCUCGACCCAGAAAACACUCCCACUGCUGAAGAAGUGCAUGAUCUGGACGUUCUGGCGACCAAAAUUGCCCGGCAAAAGCACAAUUAUGACGGUAAACCAAUCCAAGCCUAUCACGCAUUGUCACGAGGAUGGUAUCUCAACGAAAUCGUUCGCCGAGUGGAUCCAAAACAUCGUUCGAUGGGACAGAUUGUGACGGAAGAUAUAGCUCCCCGUCUUGGAGUUGAAUUCUUUUACGGAUUACCUGCUGAAUAUGAGAACCGAGUCUGCCGCAUGGUUCCAUACCCAGCGCUCCGCGGACUGGGCAAUAUUUUCAUUCCCAGGUUCCUUCUGCGCGAUCCGCCACACCCAAGGCUGUAUGAUAUAGCUAGAAAUCCCAACCACCCAACACGGAAGACAUUCUCCGCUGUCCCGUAUCCAAACGGAAAAGUCGAUCGAGAUUGGGCAAAUGCUCGGGUUACUCGUACUGGAGGAGCGACAAGUUACGGUGCAGUGACGAAUUGUUUGGGAUUGGCUCGUUUUGCACUUGUGAUGGCAUCUGGAGGAACAGUUGAUCAUUUUACCAUUGUCUCACCCGAAGCCUACAAAAAAUCCCAGGAAUUGCUGGUGCCGAUGCAAGUUGACCAAGUUUUGGGAUUGGAAAGACAAAUGACUGUUGGAGGAUACGCUGUAGACAUAGGUAGAGAGACAAUUAAUUUGAAAAGUUCGGGGUGGGGAGGGGCUGGAGGGUCUGUUAUCGUCUGGAAUCGUGAAAAGCAAAUUGCCGUAGGAUACUGUAUGAAUGCAAUGCACGGUCGGGAGUUUGCUGCCUUAGAGCGGACACAACGCCUGCUCAAUGCCAUUGCAGCUUGUACAGAGUAG